AUGGUCGCCACGAUCUCCCCUUCCGUGAGGAUCGCUCCCUCCCUCGCGUUCCUACUCGGCCUGCUACUAUGCGCUUUGCACGCCCUGGCCGAGGAGACGGCCUUCUUCAAGUCGCGUCCCGACAUCUAUCCUCCGGUCUUUCACAUUGAACAUUCUGAACCGGACAAGCUUGCGCCAGGGUAUAUCUUCAUCACACCAUACGAAGCCCAGAAUCCGGGCCCAUAUAUCUUCGAUAACAAAGGGGAGCUAGUAUGGAGCGGAUGGGGCGUUUCAGGACCAGGCAAUGCCCACGGCAUGCACGUAUGCAAAUAUAAGGGCGCCGACCAUUUGUGCUUCUUCCAAGGAAAUCAGCAAAAAGGAUAUUGUCGCGGACAUGGCGUCAUCCUGGAUAAUCAAUAUCGGAUUGUGCGCUCCGUACAACCUGGCGGUGGAAUGGCGUCAAGCGAUAUGCACGAGUUCCUCCCGAUCAACGACGGCAAGACCGCGCUCAUGACGGUGUAUCAGCAGCGCCAAUUUGACAUGACCCCAUGGAACGUCAAGACGGGUGUUGGGUGGCUGAUGGAAAGUGUCUUCCAGGAGGUAGAUGUGGAGACAAGCAAGGUGCUCUUUGAAUGGCGCUCCCUGGACCAUGUCGAUCCAUCGAUGAGUUAUACGUACCCGGCGCAUACCGAUACCUCCGGCACGGGAUUGAAUGUGCACGAGCCCUGGGAUUAUUUCCAUAUCAACUCGAUCGACAAGAACGCAGACGGCGACUAUCUGGUCUCUUCCCGGCAUACUUGCGCCAUCUACAAGAUUUCCGGCCGGGAUGGAUCCGUCAUCUGGCGGCUGCAUGGAGCCGAGCCCACCUUCCGCAAUAUCAACUUUAGCUUUUCGCAGCAGCACGAUGCCCGAUGGCUGUUCGAAAACGCCACUCACUCCGUGAUUUCUCUCUAUAACAAUGGUUUCAAUGGCUUUAACCGCACACAUACCUACUCGGCUGGCAUGAUCAUUCUCAUCGACCAUGUGGAGAACACCGCGCUUCAGAUUCGCGACUAUAAACCCCGGAUUGGCGACCUUGUCAGCUCCAGCCAGGGGAAUCUGCAGCGGUUGCCGAACAAGAACGCUUUUAUCGGAUGGGGCAACAACCCAUAUGUCUCGGAACAUGACGAGGCCGGUAAUCUGGUUUUCUGGGCAACCUUUGCCCGGGACACUGUGAUGAACUACCGCGCCCAAAAGUUCGAAUGGGAGGGCAACCCCACCGACUCCCCCGCGCUCUGGGCCUACUCGCGCACCGCCGAGCCCUUCUCCCCGACCAGCUUCUAUGUCAGUUGGAACGGUGCCACGCGCGUCAAAACCUGGCGCUUCUAUGGCGCUCACAACAUGUCCGGUCCGUACAUUUUCCUGGACGAAGUGGCCAAGACCGGCUUUGAGACGGAGUACACCAAUGCCAGCUUCUACCUGUGGACCCACGUGCAGGCGGUGGACGUGAAUGGCGUCGUGCUGGGUCAAUCGGAACUCAAAUAUACGUUCGUGCCGUCUCCAGAGCUCCGCGAUUUCUGCCAAGACGCGACCUGCCUGGAUGCGCCGGGCUACGGCUUCCCGGGCGAGGACGCGGCUCAGCCGUUCAUUCCGCCGGCGGGCGUGAACACCGUCCCGUGGGUGGAUCCCGACCACAAUGACGGCGCUAUGUUCAGCUAUCCCUCGGGCUUCCCGCACUCGGCGCCCGCCGACAGUGUUCUGGAGUAUCAUCGCAAAACUCACAAUGGCCGUUUAAUGAUCUGGGGUCUUGUCCUCGUUAUCGCCAUCCCGAUCUUGGGCGGCUGCUACCUGGGCUAUCGGUUCUACCUCCGUCGCGAACAGCUAGACUUCGUGGAUGAGCAUGAGUCAUCCGAGCCGCUGAACGGCAUGGCCGAGCGGAAAGCCUCAUCCGAGCGAACGACCGAUCUCCCUUGGUGGGAUUAUCGUCGGUGGGUGAGCAACGGUGAGACGCGGUACUUCCCACUCGCUGACCGUGGAGCGCGCAGUCCUGGCCGCGAACGGAACGAUUAA